UCUACAGAAACAUUGUCCUGAACAACCCCAGGAAGAGAAACGCCCUGUCCCUGGCCAUGCUGCAGUCCCUCAGGGAGGACCUGCUGCACGACGUCAAGAGCAAAGAGCUCCGAGUUAUCAUCAUUUCAGCUGAAGGACCUGUAUUUUGUUCCGGCCAUGAUUUAAAGGAACUGACAAGUGAAGAAGAUGUGAAGCAUCAUUCCCAAGUAUUUGAAAUAUGUGCAGAGGUUAUGACUUUAAUCCAGAAACUUCCAGUACCAGUGAUUGCCAAAGUCAACGGUUUGGCUACAGCAGCAGGCUGUCAGCUUGUGGCAAGCUGUGACAUUGCAGUGGCAAGUGAGAAAUCUCAGUUUGCUACUCCUGGAGCAAACAUCGGACUGUUUUGCUCCACACCAGCUGUGGCCUUGGGCAGGUCUCUUCCAAGAAAGGUGGCAUUAGAGAUGCUUUUCACGGGUGAACCUCUUUCUGCCCACGAAGCAUUAAUGCAUGGGCUCAUCAGCAAGGUGGUACCAGAAGACAAGCUGGAAGAAGAGACCAUGAAAAUCUCUAAAAAGAUAUGCGAAAGCAGCAAAUCUGUCCUGGCACUGGGGAAAGCCACCUUUUACAGACAGAUGACACAGGACAUCGAUACUGCUUACAAAAUGACUACUCAGGUCAUGACAGACAAUUUGACUUUGAGAGAUGGGCAGGAGGGUAUUGAAGCCUUUAUUCAGAAACGUAAGCCUGUCUGGUCACACUCUCAGGAUAAGAAGAAAUGAAUCCUGGUUCUAAGCUAACCUCACCUGUGCUUUAUGAUUCUCCACAUAGUUGCCUUUAGGAACUGUACUUUUGUUCUUACCAAAAGCUAAAUUUCUCUUCUUACACAUGCCAAAGCCACAAUAAAUUCAUUCUAAGCAUAUAAUACGUUAUGAAAAAUCAAACCAAAUGGGUUUUUUUUUUUCAGCAAUUAAUUUAAUCUAUGGUUUUAGAAGGAACUCUGCUGUAAAGAUCUGUUUAAUAUGUCCCGAGUUUCUUGGGGAAUCACAGGGAAAGAGCUCACAUCACCCUGUUCAGUACCUGUGCCCUGAGUUCUGGAUAAGAAUUUCCAUUUCUUGCUAUUAAUAGAGAAUUAAAGGGCUGGGAUACACCCCAAAGGUGAUGAUAGAACAUAUCACAAUGGAUUCCCAUACUGUUCAUGUGUUACAGGCUAUCACAGUAGUCCAUUGCUCCUUAUGAAUAAAUCUGCUUAUGAACUGUGU